AUGAUUAUCCAGGAAUCCCACAAGGAUGUGCCGACCCAGGCGGGCGGCGACAUGAGGAUUUUCCUCUUCCAUCCAACGAUUCCGAAUUAUCCCAAGGCGAAGUUUCCGGGCGUUGUGGUGUUCAGUGAGAUCUAUCAAGUAACCGGCCCCGUCGCCCGCUUCGCCCGCCAAAUCGCUUCCCAAGGCUACAUCGUCGCCGCCCCAUCCUCCUAUCACGAGUUCACCGGCCCCGAGCCCCUCGCCUACGACGUCCCCGGCACAGACGCCGGAAACGAAUGGAAGAUAACAAAAAAGCUCUCCGCCUACGACGAAGACUCCACCCUCUCCAUCGACCUCCUAGCCAGCUUAGAAACAUGCACCGGCCGCAUCGGCACAACAGGCAUGUGUCUCGGCGGCCACCUCGCCUACCGCUGCGCCCUAGACCCCCGCGUCAGCGCAGCAGUCUGCUACUUCGCGACCGACAUCCACUCGCACUCGCUAGGCGCGGGCAAGAACGACGAUUCGUUGGCCCGGGCCAAGGAUAUAAAAGGCGAACUCGUCAUGAUCUUCGGCAAGCUGGAUAACCAUGUUCCGCCCCAGGGGAGGGAUCUGAUUCGCAAGACGCUGCAUGAGGCGGGCGUGACGUUUAGUUUCUACGAGCAUGCGUGGGCGCAGCACGCUUUCAUAAGGGAUGAGCUGAGUAAAGGACGGUACGAUGCUGCUUUGAGCGGUGUGUGCUUUGAGAUGCUGAAGGAGGUGUUUAACCGGACGUUGAGGUCGGACUUGGGCCCGAGGAGCGGUGGCGAUGUAGAGGUGGAGGAUGUAUGCUAG